GCAGCAAAAAUGUUAAUGGCUAUGACGCCUCUAUCUUUUUCUUCUUCGUCUCCUCCUUCAACUUUUCAUCAUCACCAGGUGUUUCAUUGUUCAUUGAGACAAAGUUCAAUGCUCCAGAGAUGGAGCAAUGGAAUUUCUGGGAUGAGGAGGCGCAAGCCAUUUUCUUUCACCAGUUUAAUGGAUUUUAAGAUAAGGAGAACUUUGAUAUGUGCAGUCAAUCAAGAUGCUGAGGAAGCUUUCAAAAAGACAGUAGAAGUGGACAGGCUGAUAGAUAAGUUGAGAGAUGCAAAUCCAAAUGAACUUCAAAAACUGGUCGUUGAAAAUGUCUUGGCAUUUAAUGAGGGCUUUUGGAUAAGACUAGCAGCAAGAACAGAUACUUGCAAAUCUGAGGAUGAUAAAAAAGAUUAUGAAGAAUUAGCUGUUUCUGUAAUGAGCAUUGUAGAUCGACUUGUUCAUAAGACCAAUCAAAAGAUAGAAACAUCUACUGAUGUGCUUAAGGAUAUUCUCAAACCUGUAGUUGACAAAGUUGAAGGUGAGGAAAUUCCAUGGCCUCCUAGAGAUCCUGAGGUGCUUAAACAAAUGGAGAAAGAAGUAAUUCAAAGGGAGAAAGAAGGACAACUGGAUGAAGGGUUUCUUGCCGAAGUCAGUGCACAACUACGCCAAGCCAAAGAAGAUGGUGACAAACCCGGGCUUGAGGCUAUGUUACAAAAGGUUUUACAACUCUAUGCUUCCAACGUUCUUUCAAAACGUAGCUAUGCAAAGAAAGGUGGGGAGAUAUUGAAGGCUGAAGAGUUCCUUGAGACCAUAAUCAAAGCUCCUGAGGAAGUAUGGAACAAGAUUUUGAUUGACGGAAUGACAGUUGGUAAAGGCGAAAUUUCACCUGAUGAACUCUUUGCAGUCAUCAGGAAAAGAAUUGAGCGCACUUUGAUUCGAACAGAGGGUGGUUCUUACCAGCAGAGAAUUCUCACCGAGUAUAUCAAAGGCAUUCAAUCAAGAGCCGAGGAGAUUGUCCAAGUGCUUCGGGGCAAUCCACAAUAGUAGUUAGUUGUACCUUUGAAAAAGAAAAAAGAAAAUGGAUGAUUCAUAAAGCAUUUUUGGGAUGUGAAAUACCAAUGUGUCUCAUUCUCUGAUUUAUAUUUUCAAACUGAAGAAAAGAGCAUCUUGGAGUAUUUGAAUUCCAUGUAUUUAUCUUUCUGUAGAGGUCUCUUGCUAUGGCCUUCGUGUUCUUAUUGGAAACAUUGUUUAUAUA